AGUUCAGUUGUGUCACGUGCAUUUAGGAAUAAAAGGUUUUGAUUGUUUUUGAAAGUAUUCCAAUUUAUACAAAUAUAGAUUCAUAGCACAUUAGAAAGCAACCUUACAGAUGGAUAACGUUAAUAUUUGAUUAUAGCAAAUACGUGAUAAAUGGUUCAAUUCAAUUCUACAAGUUCUUUAGGAUCUUGGCCAUGAAUAAUAUACAUUUACUAAUUGUCGUAUGUCAGCUGGCUUUCGAGUUUUCUUUGGUGAACGCUCAAGGUAAAUAUAGAUCUCUAUCUUUUUAGAUGACAUUUGCUAUUUAGUUUUUAAAGGUAUUUUUCAUAUUUGCGCGCACGUAUUUUGUUGUUUUAACAUAAGUGGACCAUAUCGAUGCAUGAACUAUAUAUAACUAAUAAUGUUGUUGUUGUUGUUGUUUUUUGUACUAACGCGAGUUUUGCCCAUGGUUGUCUUUUAAACAUGACCAGUUGUCUUAGUAACCAUGACCUGUAAAAUGUAAAGUAAUUAAAGGGUAUUUUAAAUGUGUGUUGUUGUUUUUUUUCUAAAUAUUUUUUUUCAAAUCACAUAAAUUACACAAUAACAUUUUAAAAAAUAUAUAAAUAUCUAAAUGCUAAACAAGUACCAUUCUUCUUUAGUAAAGAUGUGUUUCAAGUAGCUUGCAAAACACACACUCAUCUUUUAUUUACCGAAAUAGAAAAGGUGAGUGGAUGAAACAUUGUCAAGACUAGAAAACGCAUUUAAAAUAAUCAAUAGCAAUAUAAUGUUGUUGUUUUUUUGUUGUUGUUUUUUUUUACCAGGCUGUUCUCAAACAGGAUGGUUUGGGCACAAAUGUCAAUACCAAUGUCACUGUGAAAAUGACAAAUGCAACUCAAGUACCGGUCAAUGUACAGAAAACACUAAAUGUGUUAAAGGAUGGUUUGGCCUGGCAUGUCAAUAUCGUAGGUUCAUAUUUUUAAACGUAUAGCAUUUCACAAGUUUUGAAAUACGACAUCAAAUAGUAAAUUUAAUAAGACUAUAAGAUAACUAUCUGUUUAUCAUGUUCAUAAAAUCUACAUUUUUCAGCUCAGAAUAUGGUAUUGAAAUCACAGUACAACAUUUCUAAAUAUAUCUAAGUAUAUAUAAAUAUAUAUAUAUAUAAAUCUCUUAACUUAAGGGUGUUAAGGUUAAUAAUUGUAACGACGGACUAAGACGACGAACUAAGACGAGGAACUAAGAGGACGACCUAAGACGACGAACUAAGACGAGGAACUAAGAGGAUGACCUAAGACGACGAACUAAGACGAGGAACUAAGAGGAAGACCUAAGACGAUUGACUAAGACGAAGGAAAAGUCGAUGGAUCAAGACGACGAACCAAGACGAAGAACGAAGAAUACGAACUAAGAAGAAGGACUAAUUUGACGGACUACUUAUGCGACGGACUAUGACGACAGACUCAGACGAAGAUCUUAGCCGAUCUUAUACCGCUAAAGUAUUAUAAUGUUAUAGUUAAGUUAUGUUGCAAUCUCCCACUAAAAUCCAAAUGUGAUUGUGUGUACAUACGCGAUAGGAGAGGAAAGUCAUUAAACUGUGCAUUAUUGUUUGGUGUCUUAGCUCUAAUGCUACACACCAGGAGAGAGUUAAUUAAGAUGGGGAGUAGGCGUCGAUUAAAUAAGAAAGAGGAAGCCAGAGAAAGAGAAACUAUUUGUAAAUGGGAAUAAACAGAGAGAUUUUCUUCAAACAGUAUUAACUAAUUAUAAUGAGUUUGGGCUGCGAUACAGCUCCCUUUAAAUAGAUAACUGAGACACAAUUUUAGAACAAAAUGUAUAUAUUAAGCUUUAAUUAGAACUAAACAAAGCAAAAUUCCAGACAUUUCGCAAAUACCUUCAUCAGUUCAACUACAAAAAAAAAAAAAAAACAAUAAUAAUGAUAAUAAUUAAACAAUUAUAAAUUAUUAAUUUACUCAAUAUAUGUAUAUCCUACAUGUACCUAAACAAGGAAAGAAAAGUAACAGAACAUAAACAAAAAGAAUAACAUGAAAACUUCAGGAAUCCAACUGCAAAUCUGCUAAGUCAAGUCAAAUCUUCUUUUAAUUGAAAUAUCAUUUUUGCUUGUGUGUUAAUUAUCAGUGUACAGUAUAAUUGUAUAUAUUUAAUUGCUCAAAAGCUCUAUGUCUAAAAUCACUAUAUAUAUAUAUAUNUAUAUAUAUAUGCUAGAUUUGCUUUAUCAAGUUAAUUUACAAAACAGCUUUUUUCUUAAAAUCAACCUGUUACUUACCAGAUUUUGCAAGUGGUCUUAUCACUCAAUACCAGUUGUAAAAUAAAGAUUCAAAGAAGAAGACUUACCAGUCAUUCAGUUAAUCUUAUAUUUCAUGGAUUGUGAAAAGUAAUCUUCGGAAUGUAAUUUUUGUAAACGAUUUCAUUAUAUUAAAUUAAAUGAUCCUAACAAUGUAAUUAAAGUAAAUUAGAGAUCUCAAAAGCAAAUCAUUCGGAGGCCGCAGAGGUAGAGUCUGAUUGAGACUUGGACACAUCAAGUCUUCUUCAAAAUGCGAUUAAAAAUUCAAUGAAGUGUAACUGUUAAAAUCUGCUCAACGUUUAUUAGUAACAAAUAAAAACAAUAAGGGUUGUCAAGAGCUAGGCUUCACUUUCUUCCUUCUAAUCCUAGUUGCCAGAGCUUACACAGCUGGGCAACAUUAGGCUAGAGUGAGGAAGGAACUAAGAACCUCAGAGUAUCUUGAAGAUGAUCAUCAGUAAGUUUGGGCCUGAAUUUUUAUUUUUUUAAAUUUAAUAGUAGAAAAGAGCUUAUCACACCGACAGGUACCGAAAAGGCACAUGAUCCGAUUGAACAACCUGGACAUCUCAGAAAAGGUGGAGCUUUGAACUUAGCCUUGAGUUUAGAAUUACACUGAAGGUCAAUCAGCUCUAUCUGAAGCGCAAAAAAGGUGGGGGUAGGGAUAUAUUUAACAUUAGACGGAAAUGGGGCUGGAAAAUUAAAAGAAAAUGGCUUUCUAGCUUUUUGAAAUCUGCAAACUUGGUAUCGAAUUCUUCCUGUAGCUUUGCAAUGGUAUCAGUAUACCUACUCCUGAAUACUGUGCCCGAGUCAAUGAGUACUUUGCAUGUUGGGACAUGGCAGAGAUUUCUCAUGAAAACUUGGCUUCCAUAACACAUUUUUUGUGCAAGAUGCCCUGAUUUUUGUCAUAGGCAACACUGACAAGCUGCCCCUGGUCUUGUAACUUCUUGUUGAGUACAUUCAGAUCUUGUGUAAUGUCAACAAGAAAAGCCAUGUCCUUGAGCCGUUUUGGAUCACUUAGUACAUGAACAACAUCCCCAUCCUUCUUCAUGAAGGCUUUGAACGCUAAAUAGUGUUCAAACAGAAGCCAGGAGUUGGCUAUAUUGAUAAAUUAUUGAUUCGAAGGAAAAUGCUAUUUUAGGGAGAAAUAAUUUAGAUUUAAUUGUUAUCGUCGAAAAGGCCUUUUUGACUAACCCAUGAAUGAAAUAGCGAAACGAGGUAUGUGGAAGCUUGAAAUAAGAUAACAGGACAAAAAACAAGGACGUUUCGGCAUAAAGCUUUCCUCAGCCAACAAUAGAAAUGAAAAUAUAACAAAGAAAAGAGCACAGUAGACAACUCAAGCAGUAUCCAUUCGUGUCUCCGGAAGUGGGAAAACAGGAGGCGAGAGAAUAUAAAUAUUGACACUGUGAAAAAUAAAGUCCACAAUAAUAAUGGACCAGAAUAUCCAGGGAUACAUCAACACACAGCAAUAAGAAUAUAGAUGCAAUAUAGGGAAACAGAGAAACAUCAGUAGGAUAUUAUUUGAUUAAUACCAUAUGGAGAUAUGGUGCCAAACAGCUGAAUAAAUUUAUUUUCCAUUUUAACCCUAUCUGGUGUGUUACUGAAAGCAUUGGCCUCCCUAAAGGUACCUUUACCAUUAAAGAGGGUUUCACCUGCGUCAGCAGAAAUGUAAUAUAUGCGAUUGUGUGCCGUAGAUGCCAAUCUAGUUACAUAGGUGAAACUUGGAGAAGAUUGGCUGAUAGGUUUACUGAACAUCUAAGGGAUAUUGAGCAAUGUAAACCUUCCCCGGUCUCUUCUCAUUUAAACCGAAAAGAACAUAAAGGUGCAUUGGAUGUAACCAUUACGGCACUGAUUUCAUGCAGUAACACACCAGAUAGGGUUAAAAUGGAAAAUAAAUUUAUUCAGCUGUUUGGCACCAUAUCUCCAUAUGGUAUUAAUCAAAUAAUAUCCUACUGAUGUUUCUCUGUUUCCCUUUAUUUCAUUUAUAUUCUUAUUGCUGUGCAUUGAUGUAUCCCUGGAUAUUCUGGUCCAUUAUUAUUGUGGACUUUAUUUUUCACAGUGUCAAUAUUUAUAUUCUCUCGCUUCCUGUUUUCCCACUUCCGGAGACACGAAUGGAUACUGCUUGAGUUGUCUACUGUGCUCUUUUCUUUGUUAUAUUUUCAUUUCUAUUGUUGGCUGAGGAAGGCUUUAUGCCGAAACGUCCUUUUUUUUGUCUUUUUAUCUUAUUUCAAGCUUCCACAUACCUCGUUUCGCUAUUUCAUUCAUUUAUUAAGCUUGAAAGCAAUCCUUUCAUUUAUUUCUUCUUGACUAACCCACACGCAUAAUUGUGUAAAUGGUAGCGAUCGGACACAGUAUCCAAGACUCUCUAUUAAAAUUUCCUCUAGUGUGCUUGAGUGUCAUGUUCGGGAAAUGCACCACCAUACAUGUAUAAAUCGUAGCAACCUGACACAGAAACAAAUAAUUCCUAAAAAUUGCCACUAGUGUACACGAAUGACGAGUGGGGGACAUUUCAGUGCUCGUCAGCGUGGUCAUUACACUUAGUUGUUUUGUAGAGACAAUAGUUUAGCUUGUACAAAUUUCAAAUCAUUUCUGAAAAACAAAACACGUUUUCUAAGCAUAGAAGAUUUCUAACUGGCAAAGGUCACUAAAUGGUAAUGCUCUCUAAUUGAUAAUACUCUCUAAGUUGUAAUGCUCUUUAAGUUGUAAUGCUUUAUAAGUGGUUAUGCUCUCUAAGUGGUAAUGCUUUCAAAGUGGUAAUGCUCACUUAAAGAUAAGGCAAAGUAGUAUUGCUCUCUAUGCUGAAAUGCUCUCUAAGUGGUACUGCUUUCUAACUGGUAUUGCUCUUUAAGUGGUAAUGCUCUCUAACUGGAAAUGCUCUCUAAGUUGUAAUGCUCUCUAAACAGUAAUGCUCUCUAAGUGGUAAUGCUCUCUAUGUGGUAAUGCUCUCUAAGCGGUAAUCAAUUUUUAACUAUUAAUUUUUUUUUUAUAAUACAUUAGAUAAUAGUUUAAAGAAAGAAAAAUUACUGUAUUAAUAAUUUUUUAAUUAAAAAAAUAUUCUUACUAAGAUUUAUAAUUGGUUUGAGAAACUACUUCAAUAAGUUUAACGAACCAUAUCCUUAUAUUCUAUUAAGCUAGACUCAAAUCACUUUUUUCUUCCAGUAAAUGUCCUGACAAAGGGACAUCCCAGACGUGCUGCUCCGCGGCCCGAUACCGGGAGUUUUGGGGAGGGCAUAAAGAGCGCAAUCUCGACGGCCCGCUGACGCCAUUUCUUAAUGUAACAUUUCCAGUAAAUGCCUGGAAUGUUAAGUUUCAGUCAGCGUCUUUUUCUUCUUUGGGUUUUAAAGUUUACUUUUACACACUUUAUUUCCGUUGUUUUUAUUAUUUUUUCCUUCUGUGUUUUGCUCCAAACUCCUUCUUUUCUAUUUUUAGGUGGGGUACGUGUGUGUGUAUAAUGUAUAAUGAAGUCAUACUAAUUUAAAUGUUUCAUUCUUUUGUACUGAUGAAGGAGGAAUUUUCGAAAAUGUCCUUAUUUGUAUGUUGUAAAAUCAUCAUUAAAGCUAAUAUUGUUUUAUUUACAAAUAAUGUUUGUGUCUAAUGGGAGUCGCUUAAUCAAUUGUUUUAUCACGUGAAAAGAGUGAAUACGAAUAAGACUUCAGGGAGGCUGUAUGCAACACACUAGUGCUUGAGAACAGUAGCCCGUUACACACUACAACUAGUAACUCAAGAUGCCUAGGCAAUGUUCGGCUUUUGGCUGUUCAAACAGUAAAGUUAAGGACAUCGGUAUACAUCUGCAUAAGUUUCCAUUUAAGUAUAAAAAACAUUUAAGACAAUGGCUUGACAAAGUGGAUCUUCGUUAAUUAUUCACAUGAAAUCUUGUUCCAACCGGUUAUUACAAUAUUCCUUCGUCGCACAAAUGUUGAAUAAAGACGCAAAUGACGUCAUGGGUAUGCCGACAUUUCGUGCAAUGAAAAUUAACAAUAAAAUAAAAAAAGAGGAAAGACUGCUACACAAAUAUUAAAUAAACACGCAAAUGACGUCAUCGACACAGAGCUCAAGUACCCAUCGAAUAUCGGUCACAAAUUUUUCUUGAAAUAACUUUCUUCCUUUAAUCAUAAAUGACGAUUAUUUACUGUAACAAUUAAAUUGCACAAAAAAAAAAAAAAAAAAAAAAUACGUGUAGGCCAGAAUAUUUUGAAAGGUAAAAUUUUUAAGUAACAUGACAUUGGGGAAGCACUGAUGAAGACGAACAUUUUUCAGAUCAGCUGUUAUCUCUUGUUGUGUAGCAGCCUAGUGAUGGCUUACUCUCAUCACGUGACCAAACAAGGAAGUGUCUAAGCGACUCCCAUUAAUCCUAAAAGAGAUAUAUAUUAUACAACUGCAGAGGAUUUAACCAGUGCUCCAUCUAUCACGAAAACCGGCCACCCAUUACAAAAAUCUUACAUGUGGUUCACUGACAGAGAUGACGGGUAUAGAAGCAGAUGUGAUGGUAGUAUACAAAGAUUCUUUUUAACUAGAUUUUUAUUGAACAUUCUAUAUUUUUGCUACAGAGGAUUUAACCAGUGUGCCGUCUGCUACAAUAACCAGCUACCCGUUACAAACAUCUAACACGUGGAUCACUGACGGAGAUGACUCUACCUGUAAUCAAGACAACAGUCUAAAUUCUGUUGUUGUAGCAUGGAAUAUUACCUACCCUUUCUCAUGGUUGAGACUUACUGUCAAGGAUAAUGGUAUAAGCAACAUUUUUUUGUAAACAUUAGUUCUAGCACCAGAUCGGAUUGAGGACGGCAUAAAAAAAAAAACAAUUAUAAACAUAGAUAGCAUUCUUUUAUUUGAAAUCAUUUAACAGAUGCAGCCUUUUAAUUUCAAUAAACGUUUAAAAAUUAGUUGUAUAAUGUUAAAUAACUUUUUUUUUAAUAUUGGAUUUGUAGAAUUUUAAUUAAAAAUAUUGAUGAAAUCAUUUUUUUUUUUCCCACAAGAAUAUCCUGGAAACUUUAAGGUUUCGUUCAGAGAAGGUGUAAACGAUUCAAAGUAUAUUAAAUUCCAAAAUCAUCGAAUCUUUGUGAUAAACGCAAACACUGUGGACAUCAGUUGUCAGAUGACAGUAGAUGUAAUGAAGAUCAUCAUUAGCGGACAUAGUGUGACUUCGCUUUGUUCAGUUUAUAUUAGUGGAGGUGAGUACUUUCGUAGUUGAAUACAGACAGAUUUGCAAACGAUUCCAAGUAAUCGCUGCUAAAUUUUUAACCAAACCGUACUUAAAAUUUGCUAACUACACAAUUACGUGGAAGGAGUCUGCAAUUUGUAUGCGAAUGUUUUAUUAAAAAAACACAACAAAAAAACAACUCUAACACACUAUCUAAAUAUUGUUGUUAAUGUAAAAGUAGUUAAUUUUUAUUAUUCUUACUAUUUAAUAAGUUAAUGCAGCAGAUAUAACAUGCCGCACAGUGUUGCCCUUUAGUUCAAAGCACCACAAAACUAUUGAAAACCAGAAUUUAAAAAAAAAAAUAGACAUCGAAUACUAUAUGAUAAUUGGUAUUCGGACAAUUAAAAAUCCCAAAAAUCUACAUGUAUAUAUAAUAUAUGUUAUGAUCAGAGCUUGAAGUUCGUAUAAUUUCCGAAAAGGCCGACAACUUUGCUCUUUGGCUAAGGCGUGUACCCAAUGUCCAAUGUACGGGAAAUGGCCAUUGUAUGUACUACUUUGACCGGCGUUUCCAGCAGCCUAUCUCAGGCGAUGCAAAUCAUGGCCCACACGAGCAUUGAAGUCACCCGUUAUCAUAAGCGUAUCCUGCUUCUGGUCUUAAGCUAAGGCAGUGUACAUAUCCUCAUAGAACCUUAUUAUCAAUGUUCGGGGAUCGCAGAUGAUGAUGGUGAAGUGUUAUCUUCCUGAUAAGAAAAAGAGUUUCGAUGUCAAUAUCACAUUGAAGACUCUCAUUGAAUUUCCAGCCAUCAUGCUAAUUAGUGUAGACUUGAUAGCGAAACUAAUAUCAGCCUAAAGACGUUCUUCGCUUUCUCGGCCACUCGUAAAGAAAGUAUAUUCAAAGCCCUUCUCGCAGAGUUCGCCAAUUCUUGCAAGCUGGGUUUUGAUGAGGGCUGCGAUGUUUACGUUACUAGUUUAUUUUCUAUAAGGGAUGUUCUCCCCUGCGAUGUGUCGAUGUUAUCCUUGUCUUAAAGAGUGCCCACUUUCAAAGCACUUAUUUUUGUUGGCUAGUCCAAUUCGUUUUCAGUCGUUUCGCAGCUGUGCAUGCCAAAGAUUAUUGGAUAUAUUAUAUAUAUAUAUAUAUAUAUAUAUAUAUAUAUAUAUAUAUAAUUUAAAUGAGUAACAUUUCUACUUAUUUUUGUUGGUAUUUGUAUCUAAGAGCUUUUCUAGGAUUUAAAUGGGAGUAGAGAAUGUUGAGUGUGGCCUUCAUCGCCGGUUAAUGAUUGAAAACGCGACGGUUCGUACUGAUUUUUUUGAGUGCCCACGGAUUCCAAUGUGAGCAGUUUCUCUUGCAGAUUGGAAAACUCACUUCUGGAAUACACUUGUUUAAGAACACGGUGUUCUGUUCCAACCAUGUAGAAAGUGUCCUCGUCGUUUAUAACAACUGCAAAGGUGCUUCCUGUAUCACCGCGACCUCCGUCAACAUCUGGUGUACGGAUGCGUACAUUAUCUCAAGCUUUUACUAGUUGGAAUUGUGCAUCUGAAUUAUUUAGCAUUUUGGCACUUUGUAUUUGCAAACUAGCAUGAGAUUCUGACCACUUGUACCCGAUUUCAUUUUUGAUUAUGACAUAAACUGCAAAUAUAUCCCCCCCCCCCCGUAUUCUUAUGGAAAGCCUUGCAACAGCAUAUUGAAUAUCGGCCAGGUACUUUCCGGCCCUUCGUGAAUUGGCAUCACCCAAAGCAAUAUUGUAUAUAACCACUACGGAGUUGCUGGGACAAAGCUCAAAAAUCAUCUGUACUGGCUCGAUGAAAGGUAUGGUAAUGAAGCAGCUUCUGGAUUGAAAAACACCGUCUUUACAACUUCUAUCUUUACAAUCAAAUUUUAAUUCCUUUUAAAGACUCAUUCGACAUUAUAACAGGAUCAUCCCCACUUUUGAGUGCUAAUGAGAAAACUCUGAUUACUCAGAAAGAAAUAAAAAAGUCGAACGCUUGCUGGGCAGAGCCCUUUUAUAGCAUCUUAAAUUGCCCUUCAACAAUCAAUCAUAAAUAGACUCCCGUUGGUGGGCAUCAACCAAAAAAUUGAAGACCUUUCAAAUUUAAAUAAGACGCAACAAUUAGUAUAAUUUCUGUCAAAUGGCAAAGCUCCAUCCGAGAUGAAAUUUACAAGGAAUUUGACAAAAUUCUGACUGAAAGGUUUUACCAGCUGCUCCUUCGUACGUAGCAUCAAGGGACGAUACCAAAAGAUUUUAAGACACACCCAAUGUCUACUUGUACAAACGUAAAAACAAUCGUAAAAUUUAAUCCAAAUUUUAAAAAAGAUUAGUUUAAAUUGCCUGUUUUUAAAUCCUUCAUAUUAACUUCACUUUUGUUUGUGGGUGGCUAAGUGUCUGACUGACUGACUAACUCAGUGACAAAAUUAUUUGACGGCUAAAAGGCCCACUUCCCGUCAAGCUAUCGAGCUGAAACUUGGCACAUAGACUCGAUGUCAAAGGUAACAUAUUCUAUCAAAUUUUUACUCUACCCCCCAGCACCACCCGCAAAAAGAUCAUUUAUUACUGUUGUUAAAGGGGAAGAUAAUAUGAAAUUCCCGAUAACUGUGCUAUAUGAGAUUCUUGAAAAAUUCGCAAGUACGUUUGGUGCUUUACAUUUUCUUUGGCUUUUUCUGAAACAGUGAAAUCUAUCUUCAUUGUAAAAGCGGGUGUAUCAGAAUGUUAUUAGUUCAGGGUCUUGAAAAAAAAUGGUGUUGUAGAGGGGAGGAGCACUAAUUGAGUUUCGUAUAAAGUGAGUCUUGAAUGCAUGUUUUGUCAAAUUUUAAGCCCCACCCUCUCCCCCCACCCCAUCUCUCAUUAUUAUAUUUUAUAUAGGAGGAAUACGAAAAACUGUUUUUAGGGGUUGUUUAAUUAAGCCAAUUGUAUUCCUUAACAUUUUUUCUUUGAAAUCUAGACAAUAAACUGAUCAUCAUCGAUAAGAUCAUCGAGGGUCAAUUGAACACUUACGCAAAGGAGUCAAACCCAGACAUUCUAUAAUAUACUGAGCCAAAAUAAAACUUAAAUUUAUAUAAUGUAAAAUAUUUGGGGGUUGGGUAUUUAGUCAACGCCUAAUUAUUUAUUCCUUAUAUUCAUAAAGGGCUGAAUUUAAAAUUAAUCACUUUAACAUACUUUUUUUACUUUAUAACAUAUUAGCGUCUCAUACAGUGGAAUGCCUGGCAGAGGGUAAAGAAGGCGACCGCCUAAGGAGACCAAAUAGUUUUUUUUUUCCAACAAAAACCUAUUUAAAAAAAAACAUAAAUAAAAUUGGCUUUUUAAAUUGAAAAAAAAAUAUUUUCAACAACAUCUGUAUAAUAAUAUUUAUUAAUACAUAUUAUUGAGUUAAAGAAAUCAAUAAAAUACACAAAAGCAAGCGAUAGAAUGUUUUGCUUUCAAAAAACGAUUGUACUGAUUAUCGGGUGAAUGGUAGAGCCCAAACUGCAUAUACGAAUGGAAGGAUCUCUUAUUAAAUGAUAUUGAAAAUAAAACUAUUUCUUAUUAUCAGCAGCAAUGUCAAAAUUAAGUAUAGUAAAGAGUCAAUUUUUCGAAUAAAUUGACUCUUAGGAUAUUUUAGAUUACACAUUUUUCGGAUACCAAACACUCCAUCGAACAGUUUAAACAAAAUAUAUUAGAUUCCAAUCUAUAUUAGUAUAAGAAUGGGCCAUUCUUGAACAAUGCAUUUACUAUAAUGCCUGAAUAUCUGAGUGAUCUCAUAAAGAUGUGAGAAGUGUAUUUCCCUUUCUGCCCUUAGAAGGCGUUGCCUUUAUUAGGGGACUUAUGAUUAGAGAAAAAGCCAAGGUCCUAUGAAGGCGAUUCUACUACAUUUGCAGCUCUUUAGAGCACUGCUUUAAUUACGCACUUUAUCUUAAUAAACAUAAAGAUAUUUUUUCUAAAAAUUUUAAACGUUUAUGUAUAUUUCAUGUUAAAAAUAAUUUUUUUAGGUCGCAAUGCAGCAGUGAAACAGACUGCUGUUCAGAGUUCUACAUAUACGGAUAAAAGAGGUAUUCAAGCUAAAGCAUCUAAUGCAGUUGAUGGUGAUACAAGCAGUUUCUUUAAAAAAAAAACAUGCACUCAUACAAAUAUUGUUGACUCGUCUCCAAAAUGGAAUGUAACAUUUAAUCAAGCCCACGCAAUCAACAGAAUUGUUUUAUACAAUAGAUUUGACAGUCAAGGUAGGAUAUCUUUUCCCACUGUGUUGAAUGGGAUUAUUUUGAAUUCAUGGCACAAUGAAAUUGGAUUAACUCGGGAGUACAUUUAAAGCCAUUAUGACUAUAUUAAAAAAGUUUAACCAUUAUAAGAAGUUCAUUUGUUAUACAUCUGUAAUGAAAGCAACAAAAUAUCUCUAACACUUCUAACAGAUUAUAAGUAAUUACAAUUUUGCUGACUUUAAUUCAUAUUUUAUAUCACAUUUCCUUUUUAGCUUGUACAAUAAAUAAUUGAAUCUUCAAAUGUUUGUAUGUUAUUUAUUUCAGCGGGGUUUUUUUAAUCUCACCCCACCCCCCAAUAAAACGGUCUUUGACAAAUACUUAAAAUUUCAGACCAGUGCUGCCCAAAGAGGUUAGUAAACUUUAGUCUCCAAACCUUCAAUUCAAGCUACAUAUCGAAUUUUUCCUUCCAAGAUAGUGGGAAGGACCCAAUGUUGAUAUACACAGUAAUUGUGCCAGUCAGUCAAAGAAAUCUUCCAAUUAAUGUUAUUGGAAUACGUGCUUAUUCUAGGGAACGGAUUCUGUCUUUGUGCGAAGUGCAGGCAUUUGAGGGUAAGACGAAAUCAUAA